AUGCCGGCCAUGCACACUACAGUUCCUACUUUAGCCCUCAUCCCCAGCCUCGAUGGCCAGAAGCCAAAUUCUCGAAUUCCUGCAGAACGCGAGAUAAACAGAUCCAUGCUUAUCCAAGUUGCGCCUGAUCGCGAAGACCUUUUCAAGUCCACUGCGAACAUAGAAGAGAUCAGACAAUCUCUCAAGUUGCGCUUCGGGUCCUCCCAAACGCAUUGGUUGCAUCUCACCCAAAGCAUACAGGAUGUAAAGGUUGGAGAGCAUAUUAGCAAACGUUUCUCGACGUUUGGUGGUGCCAUGACAAGUAGUUCCAACAGCAAAAAUAGCGAAGAAAAUGCUACCAAGCGGUGCACAGCCAAAGGAGUGAGACGACGUGUCCUAUCUGCAUCGGCGUUGGACGUGCCUCAGUCCAGUUGUUCCUCUCUUGCCGCUCAAAUGGAGGCCACAGGUAUUCCAAACCUAAGCACAUUGGACAAAUUGAUCUCUCCACGACAAUUAGGGCCCACACAUAUUUUGGUGGUGUAUGCUUCCCAACCGACCAAGAACACGUAUUCCCGAGCGCAAAAACGCGACGGACUGAACACUUUCCGCGAUACUCGUUGCAGAACCAUGGUGGCCCCUACAUUACCGGAGGUACUUGAAGUUCCGAUCAACGACCUUUUGUUCUUAGUGAACGUGCCCAACCUGAUCCCCAAUGGCUCGUUUGGCGACCUGGCGAUCCUGCCACCGCGUCUCCAGAACGAGCUUCCAAAGGUUCUACUGCAUGUCCCACAUCUUGAAACGUUCCCGGAGCUUAUGGUCUAUUUGCAUACUAAGAACCAGGCUGCGCUAUUCCGGUCGAUCAUUACAGAAUGGGUUCGCGACCUCAUUCAUCCUUUACCACAAAGCCCGCAAGCGAUGAAUAUCAUGUCCGACCUGGAUACGACGACUUCUAGCUGUGGCCUUGUCUCUAUGGAAACUUCAAAAGCCAAAAGGAUUUUUGGGAGACUGGUUCCUGAUUUAGGUCGAGGGCACCGCCCGCCCAAAGAUGCUUGCGAAUCAGCAAGGUCAUUCUAUACUGUUGCGGCUGAGAUUGCAGAAGCCGCUCUGCAACUUGACUUGGGGGACCGGGAAGACCCUUUGUUAUCCACUGCUGCCAAGCUGACAGCACUUCGCGACAAUCUCGUUGUGUUGGGACACUAUAACAAAGAAUUGUGGCACGAGUUGAUUGAGUCUCGGAACAUCGUGCUUCAGGCUCUUUCCUACCGUGCUAAAGUUGGAGACCUUCAGAAAACUAACGUUUAA